AUGGCCGCCGCUAACGACGACACGGCUUCGACCGCGCCUUUGAUCUCGGCGUCGCAUGAGGACAUAGCCCGUCAUUCCGAGGGGGAAACGGAUAUCAAGCCUGCGCCGCCUGUGCCCAACCCGGCUCCACAGGCAGCAGAUAAAGCAGAGCAACGUCAAAACCCUAAGGCUUCGACGUCCUGUGCCUGUAAAGGCGGCGGUCGAAACCUCGUCGUGUGCAUCGACGGGACCGCCAAUCAAUUCAGCUACAAGAACACCAACGUCGUCGAGCUUUACAGCCGCUUGAUCGAAGACGAAAACCAGCUCACGUACUACAACAGCGGGAUAGGAACGUAUGCGCGGGAUAGCAAGACAUCUUUCCAUUAUUGGAAGCAGAAAAUCGAUCAUACCAUCGACAUGGCAAUCGCGUGGAACUUCAAGAAAAUAGUCCUCGAUGCCUACGAGUGGCUUUCAGAAAAUUACAUACCGGGAGAUCGAAUAUUCCUUUUCGGCUUUUCGCGGGGCGCGUAUCAAGUGCGUGUCAUUGCAGGAAUGAUAGAACUAGUCGGUCUGGUCCGUAAAGGAAACAAGGGCCAGAUAAAAUUCGCAUAUGACCUCUACAUGGACAUGAUAGGGCACCGACACAACUCCUCCCAGUCUGAGCGUUUCAAGCGUACGCUCUGUCGGAAAGGUGUCAAGGUCCAUUUCGUUGGAGCAUGGGAUACCGUUUCAUCCAUUGGGGUCGCCCGUGCGCCGAGCCUUCCGGAGACGACGACGGGGAUGACGCACGUCUGCGCGUUCCGGCAUGCGCUCGCCCUCGACGAGGUGCGGGUCAAGUUCUUGCCCGAGUAUGCGAACGCGGGUGUGGGCCCGACUGCAGAUACCCAGGCUGUGAACGUGAAAGAGGUCUGGUUCUCCGGCUCUCAUUCCGACAUCGAUCUUAAUCUCGACCUUGACAAGUUCGGUCCCGCCUUGCGCUGGAUGUCUUACGAAGCGCUCAAAGAAGGGCUGCGCAUGAUAGAUUUCCGCGGCAAUUGGCAGCAGCUGAAACCUACAAAUUCUAUGAGGUGGUAUUGGAGAAUCCUCGAGUGUCUUCCCUUCAGGCGACUAUCUUACGACUCAAAGAAAGAGAAAGAGCAUGCGGUAUAUUUCCCUCACCUCUCGUCACCUCGUCAGAUCAUGCAUGGACAACGUAUCCACGAAUCGGUUAUUGACUCGCCAUCGCAACGGGAAAUUAUCUAUGAGCCAUUCAUCGGACCUCUGUCGCAGUCGGAAACUUUCAAGCUGAAGAAAUCGGAACGUUCAGCGUGGAAACGCAGAGCACGCGUCCCUGACGGCCUGAAGUGGGACCAAGUCAUCGCCAGCGACGACUGGAUCGAGCGUGACCCUUAUAAAUCGGCAAAUCGCAUCGUCGACGGCAUACUGGGUGGGAACCUGUCGGACGAGGAUUGUCAUGUGCUCGUAACACUGUCCUCAUCUGGUGAGCUGCUCACCUGGCUGCCUGGUAGGAUGAAGUUGAACCUUGUGCAGACGUCGGCCAGCGAUCGAUGA